UGACUAACAAAUUAAGAAUGUACUUCUGUUUGGGGUAACUUUUCACCUACAACUCUUAUCAAGAAAUUUCAGCAGCUCUUCUAAAAGCAUGGUAUUCUCUUUUAAUCAAUACUCUUCAAAUACUUCCAAGAGAUUCAAAUUCCUUGGCUCAACCCUUAAGGAUGCAUUUUCCAACUGCCAUUCCUUUAGUAAAAGUUCACAUUCAAGUGCAGAAGAAGAUGAUCCGAUUUGCGACUAUGAUAAUGAAGAUGAACAGGUAUUUAUAUCAGCAGUGAUAAGUAAAUACAUGGAGUUGAAAUGCAGAAGAAAGACAAACAUCUCAACUGAAAAGUUCACCUGGGCUUUCUCUCCAACAACAGGAGAUUUAUUCAUCUCUGCAAGACUAAGGCAAAAGGAGGACAAUGAGGAUCAAGAAAAGGAAGAAAGCGAAGAUUUUUACUCUGUUGCUAGUCGUCUUUCUCCCUGCUCAAGUUCUACAAGUUUUGAGGCAUUUGUCACAGCUAAAACAAUCUUUUCUCCUUCUUCAAGCUUAGACAGGAUUGACUUCCAAGAUCUCUGGAGGCAUUCCGUUAUUCAGGACUUCUCUCACUGUGAAGGAUGGCCAUUUGGCCUAUACCGAAAAGCCUUGUUACUUCCACCUUUGCCAAAAUCACCAUCUGAUUCUUGGUCAUGGCGCAAGAGUGCUGGAACGGUUAAGAUGCAUUGAUUGCUGGCAUUUU